AUGCCUGGCCCUGCGCCCUCCGCACACCAAGUGCUCGUCUACUCCGGCCCAGGCGUGUCCCCCCUCUCCCUCUCCCACACCCUCCUCACCCUCCGCCUCAUCCUCCUUCCCCACUACACCGUCCAGCCAGUCACACCCGAAAUCCUCUACUCUCAGCCAUGGGAGCCCUCUUGUGCUUUGCUCGUCAUUCCAGGGGGUAGGGAUUUGCCCUUUGUUGAAGCCCUGACAGAGCGGAGGGCGGUGACAGAGAAGAUCAGAGAGUAUGUCCAGGAAGGGGGGCGAUACUUGGGCCUGUGUGCUGGUGCAUACUUUGCCUGUGAACAGGUCAAAUUCGACGUCGGGGGAGGCUUGGAAGUAUGCGGCAAGAGGGACCUAGGCUUCUUCCCCGGACCCUGCGUCGGGCCCGUCUUUGAAGGGUUCGAAUACGCCUCCGAAGCCGGAUCGCGAGCUCUUACCCUGAACCUGGAGACUGGUUCUCGAGAGGUUCACCAUAUAUACUAUAAUGGUGGUGGACACUUUGCACUCCCUUCGCCGGCUCCUGCCAAUGUCGAGGUCCUCGCGCGAUUCAACUAUCCCGCCUCGUCUCCGGCAUCUGAACAACGCAUAGCGGUAGUCUUGACCAAGAACGGCAAGGGUCGCACGUUGCUAGCCUCUGUGCACCCAGAAUACCCGCUGUCAGACCCACCUGCAAGCAAUGCUAUCGAGAAGCUUGAUGUCCACCUGACCAAAGAGGAACUCGAGGUGAGCGACAAGGCGAGAGUAGCUUGGGUUGCAGAGUUGCUCGUCAGUCUUGGACUCAAGCCGCCCGCGCACGAGAGUAUCUCUGGAGCUCAGACGGAUAUUGAGGAGGACCCCGCCCUUCUCUUCCAUCCUACCCAUCCAUCUCCCAUAUUCUUGCUCUCUCACCCCAGUCUGCCCCAACUCCCGUCGACAGCGGUGAAUAAGACAGAGCUGAAGAGCAAGAUGGUGCAGGUAGACGGGUGGAGCUUCUUGAGAGAUGCGAAUGAUGAAGUCAGAUUCGGAGAGGUGGAGGCUACUUGCGAAGAUGCGGAAGCCUCUGAAGAGUCUGUUGCAAAGUGGCUUGGGACUGCGAGACGGACCAAGCCAGUAUUUGAACCUGCUCUGGACAAGCUGUCCCUCGACGAAGAGUCUGAUGUUUUUCGACCGCCCCCUCCCCCAGAUCUUCACUCCCUUCUCAAGACAAUUCUUUUGGCAUCCCCUUCUAUCCCGUACUCUCCUCGCUGGACACCACUAUUCAAUCUUUCUACCUAUUGGAACGAGCUCGACCAGGCUCGAAAGAGGCUUGGUAGGCGUUCUGGGAUCAUGCGCCCUGGACGGGAUGGACUAGACGAGAGGUGCUCCUUGGGUGACUGUGUCCUAUACGGGGAGACGGUUACGAGUACACAAACCAUGCUGGACGCCAACCCUCUCCUCCUCUCAAACCUUCCCGCGCCCCUUGCCUUCCUUGCCUCCUUCCAGUUGUCUGGACGUGGUCGCGGCGGCAACAUGUGGCUCUCUCCUCCUGGGUGUCUGCAGUUCUCAAUCCUUCUUGAUCUCCCCCAGGAGCUCUCGUCAAAGAUGGUAUUCAUCCAGUAUAUGAUGGCGCUUGCAGUGGCCGAAGCGGUAGAUGAAGAUGGAAGGCUAGGUGUGAGGAUCAAAUGGCCGAAUGAUAUUUAUGCGGAAGUGGAAGGCGUGGGUGGAAGCGAGGUUGGGAGUGGCAAGAAGGGCAAGGCGAAGCUUGGUGGUAUAUUGGUCAACACCAGUUAUGUUGGAGGCAGGUGGAGAGUCGCCGUUGGCUGUGGUAUCAACGUCCUCAACGCGCUACCCACGACCUCCCUGUCUCAACUCCACUCUCUGCAAGCCGCUAAGCUUUCCUCAUCCAACAAGCCUCUUCCUCCUGCGCCCACCAUGGAAGGCACUUUUGCCCGUAUCAUGAGUUUCUUCGAUGCCAAGUGGGAGCAAUUCAUCGAGGAGAAAGGGUUCAAGGGAUUCAUGGAUGAGUAUCAUGGAAGAUGGUUGCACGCUGGGCAAGAGGUGACUCUGACAACGACUGAGCCUCAUACCCGCGUGCGCAUCUUGCAAAUCACACCAGAUCACGGACUUUUGCGCUGCAUACCCUUGUCGAACCCUCGGCCCCAGGCGUCGCAUGGGCUCACUCCUCUAUACGACAGGAAUGUCGACGAGGGGGAGAACGAUCGGGGUGGGUGGUCGUCCAAGCAAAGCAGUGGUGCGGGAAGCAAUGGAUCUAGUCCCUAUGUCGAUCUUCAGCCGGAUGGGAAUAGUUUUGAUCUGAUGAGUGGCCUGAUCAGGAGAAAGGCUUAG